GUUCCCACAGCGCACUCUUUGUAGAGUAUCGAUCUCCUUCCCGUCCAGAAUGACUGGCAGAAUACCCAUCUUCAUUACCGGGGUGACAGGUUACAUCGGAGGCACCCUUCUGAAUCGCCUUUUGAACCAUCCUGAUGCCAAUACCUUUGACAUCACCGCUCUUGUGCGCAACUCCGAGAAAGCUCGGAUUCUCGAGUCCAAGUUCGGCGUGAAGACUUUGAUCGCAUCUCACGCGGAACACGAUAGGAUCGAAGAGGCUGUAGCAGCAAAUCACGUCAUCCUUCAUAUCGCUGACUCCGAUGAUGAGCCUCUGAACAAAGCCAUAUUGAGGGGCCUCAAGAGAAGACACGACACAACCGGAGAUCUGCCGAUUCUCAUUCACACUUCGGGAACGGGUCUUCUCACCGACAAUGCGCGGGGCGAAUAUGCGACAGAGACCAUCUAUAGCGACCUCAACAUCGAGCAAAUCAAGUCCAUUCCUCCAACAGCAUUCCACCGCAACGUCGACCUGCUCGUCAUUGGUGCUGAUGAGGAAGGAUACGCGCGAACGCACAUCGUUCUUCCCUCGACCGUAUACGGCAUCGCAGCGCACCCGCUCGUCGAAGCGGGCAUCUCCAACCCGUACUCUAUGCAGAUUCCUCUCCUCAUCCGCUCUUCUCUCGCGCGCAAGCGCGCGGGCGUCAUCGGCAAGGGUCUAUCCCUGUGGCCAAGUGUGCAUAUCGACGACAGAUUAUCAAGAGGGACCCUGUUCACAGUCGCAGACAUGUACAUCGUCCUCCUCGACAGCAUUCUCCACCACCCCGACACGACCGGGCACGGCUGGGAAGGUCUCUACUUUGGCGAGUCUGGCGAGCACCGCUGGCUCGACAUCAGUCUCGCGAUCGGGCGUGCUAUGUACGAGCUCGGGCUCGCGGACAGCCCCGACCCAACGCCCUUCUCGCACGAGGAGAUCCUCAAGUACUUCGGGAACGAGUGGUUCGGGUACUACCAUGGGACGAAUUCGCGUGCUCGAGCGGACCGGGCACGGGCCCUCGGGUGGAAGCCGACGCACUCGACGGAGGACAUGCUGGCGAGUAUCAAGCCGGAGCUCGAGGUGUAUGCCAAGAAGCAGUAG